AGCAGCGGGUCUACCGCGCCUAUAAAACUGCAUCGCAUAUACGCGGACGUGGAUUUUUUUUUCAGCCACCGCUAUUCGCAUCCCCUCGAGCCAUUCCACGCCGUGAGUGAAAACUGCUAAUUCCCCGUCUCGAGCCGCCUGGUCAGUAAGAUCGUUGAUCGCGAAUCGGUCCCCGAUCAUGAUACUGUUUACAUCCCACCAUCUGGCCAUAAUCGCAGCCCCCGCACCUUUUGACGCUCUCGAAGAGAGCGUGGCGGCUCGAUGAAUCGAGAUCUGUGACUUUUGGACGAAUUUUCACUACGGGAAAAUUCCGCGCCUGCGGUUAUUCGAUUUAUUGUGAAACUGAUCGAGGCUCUUUCUCCGCAACGAUGAGAAGACCGUUUUGCUGCGAGGAUUGGUGAAGGGAUUGUUUUUCGUUUGCUUAUUACUGUGCGCGCGUGUUUGUGCUUUUGUGUUGGUUUUUUCUUCUUCUUCUUCUUCUUUUUAUUUUACCACCGCCAUCGGGGUGGGUUUGAUGGUUUGUUGUGAGAAUACGUGCGGGAACCGCGCGGCCAGCCGCUGUUGUGUUUAAUUACGCUGUGCAGAUACUUGGACGAGUUGUGCGGAGUCAUUCUGCAGUCAGUCGGUCGGUUGUGUUAGUCGUUCCCUAGAUUCGGGAUUAUGCGGGGACAACAUUGUGCCACAGUGUCGGUAUAGUGACGUUAAUUAGGCUUUCGGGUAAAUUAAUCACGCUCUUUUUCAACCCGAUGAUGUCGAUCGAUGAAGUAUAAUUAAAACACUAUUAUUCCCUUCCCCUAUAUUAUUCAUAUUUCGUCAACCCUGCGACCCCGGAAGCAAAGGACCAUGGAUAUUUAUUGGAAACGCUAAUUCUGAGGCAUGACAAUUGCGGUUCGUUUUCGUCUCGCUGCUAUGGAGGUACGGCAGAAUCACGAUUUAGGUGUUGAGUGACGUUAAGUGACUUGUAUUAGUGAAGUGUGUGGUUUUCUGGUAUCGGCUUGAGCGAGAUACCGAAGCUUAAACGCAUCUCAUCGUAGCAAACUAUUCGAUGUCUCACCGUCCUCGAAUGCGAAGACGAACUUCGAAAAUGUUGGCAAGUGUCAACGAAAUGGAUACUUCAAGAAAGGAGACAUCCAGGAAGACCGUUUGUCUGCUUUGGCUGGUCUUUCUUGUCGUCAGCGCAUCGGCCGAAGGCACUUUGGAAAAGCUGCACGAAGAACACGUGCGAGAGUUCAGCUGCGGGAUGUUGUACUACAGAACACUGUAUCUGGAUAGUAAAAAGGACGCUCUUUACGUCGGUGCCAUGGACAAGGUCUUCAGAUUAAACCUGAGCAACAUCAGUCACUCAAACUGCGAGAGAGACGCUCUGAAUCUGGAACCAAGCAACGUGGCCAAUUGUGUGUCGAAAGGAAAGUCAGAGCAUUUCGACUGCCGCAAUCACAUCCGAGUAAUACAGCCGAUGGGUGAAGGGAAUCGCCUAUACAUGUGCGGAACGAACGCUCACUCGCCUAAAGACUGGGUGAUAUACAGCAAUCUGACGCAUCUACCGCGGCACGAGUUUGUGCCAGGUGUUGGUAUGGGGAUAGCAAAAUGCCCGUACGAUCCUGCGGACAACUCGACAGCCGUUUGGGUGGAGAAGGGAAAUCCUGGCGAACUCCCAGCUCUCUACUCCGGAACGAACGCCGAGUUUACAAAAGCCGACACGGUCAUUUUCCGGACUGAUUUGUACAACCUGACCACCGGACGAAAGGAGUUCAGCUUCAAACGGACCCUGAAAUACGAUUCGAAAUGGUUGGACAAACCAAAUUUCGUCGGAUCGUUCGACAUUGGAAGCCACGUGUUCUUCUUCUUCCGCGAGACCGCAGUCGAAUACAUAAACUGUGGUAAAAGCGUUUACUCGAGGGUAGCACGCGUGUGCAAGCGAGACACCGGCGGGAAGAACAUUCUCGCCCAGAACUGGGCGACGUAUCUGAAGGCCAGAUUGAACUGUUCAAUCCCUGGGGAAUUUCCAUUCUACUUCAAUGAGAUUCAGAGUAUCUACAAAGUGCCAGGUGAUGACACGCACUUUUACGGGACGUUUACGACGUCGACAAACGGUCUGAUGGGCUCGGCCAUCUGCUCCUUCCACAUCGACGCGAUCCAGGAGGCGUUCCGUGGAAAGUUCAAGGAACAGGCGACCAGCAGCAGCGCCUGGCUACCCGUCUUGUCGAAUAAAGUACCCGAGCCCAGGCCCGGCCAGUGUGUGAACGACACAGAGACACUCCCUGACACCGUCCUCAACUUCAUCAGGUCACAUCCGUUGAUGGACUCGGCGAUUUCCCACGAGAACGAGAAGCCCGUAUUCUACAAACGUGACGUAAUGCUCACUCGGCUGGUCGUCGACAAGCUGAGGAUAGACUUCGUCGGCAUGGACCUCGACUACACGGUUUACUACGCUGGAUCCAGCGACGGAAGAGUGCACAAGGUAGUUCAAUGGCUCGAUGGAAACGGAGAGUCCCAGUCCAUUCUCUUGGACGUAUUCGACGUGACUCCUGGCGAACCGAUCCAGGCGAUGGAGAUCUCGAAGGAGCACAAGGCGCUCUACGUCGCCUCCGACCAUCGGAUCAAGCAGAUCGAUUUGGUCAUGUGUUCGAGACGCUACGACAACUGUCUACGUUGUGUCCACGAUCCGUACUGCGGAUGGGACAAGGACACCAACACCUGCAAGCCCUACGAACCAGGGCUUCUUCAGGACGUUUCGAACAGCACCGCUGACGUCUGUGACAGCAGUGUUGGGAAACGGAAGCUCGUCGUUACUUGGGGCCAGUCGGUGCAUCUUGGCUGUUUCGUAAAGAUGCCCGAAGUCCUCGCUAAUCAGGAGGUCAGGUGGUACCAUUACAGCAAAGAGAAGGGGCGGUACCAAAUCGUCUACAAGUACGGCGCUGGUGGUGACAAGUUCAUCGAGACAUCGGAGAAGGGACUUGUCAUCGUUGGAGUGAACGAGCAGGACGCUGGUCGUUACGACUGUUGGCUUGGCGGUGCGCUACUUUGCUCCUACAACAUCACCGUCGACGCUCACAGGUGUUCCGCACCGGCAAAGUCGAACGAUUAUCAGAAAAUAUAUUCCGACUGGUGCCACGAGUUCGAGAAGUAUAAAUCGGCAAUGAAAAGCUGGGAGAGAAAGCAAGCGCAAUGCGCUUCACGGCAGAACGACAGUAAUCAAAACGUUCACACUAACGAGGUCUACGGUUCGUCCCUGGUGUGAUGAAUCGACGGCUCAAGCGCCUUGACUCACUUGACGUUAAAUAAAAUACCGGAGGUUAUUGUCGAGCAGGCAAGCGUUGACGUACCGUUAAAAAACGUUGGUCCAAGUACGGAUAGUGACGAGUCCCUAAAAAUUUUCAUGAUAAUAACCGGAGCCGUAUCGUUGGCGGUUACCGGGAGUGUAAAUUGAAAAGGAACUGAGUGAAAAAACGAUUGAAUAAAAGAAAUGAAAAUAAAUUUAACAAUGGUAAUAAAGCUAAGAAAACACCGGUGAAAAUUAUGAGAUUAUACGCAAUGAGCAUGUGCACCGAAGCCAUUCACUCUCUCUUUCUCUGUCUCUUGAUGGCUUCUGAUUAUAAUUGAACCUUUGAACCUCGAAUCACAAAUUUCUUGAAAACAAUUGCCUGCUGUAAAUAUAAGCCUGUAUCGAUACAGUGUGUAAACACGGCUUUUGGUAUGAGUGUAAAUAUAUCGUUUUAUGAUGCCAAAUUUUAGUAUCACCGUAAAUUGUUAAAGUGCACAGUUUUUUCGAUUUAACCGGACACGCGUUGAAUUGUGUCAAACGAAACAGAGCGAAAAAAAAAACAAAUGCUGACAUCGAUUUAAUCACCAAAAUCAACAAAAAAAAAAAAAGAAUGAAAUAAACGU